UCCGCCAGUCUAGCUGCAACAGGAGCUCAGUCCUUGGCUUUGUUGACAUUUGUCCUAGUUAUUUUUCCUCUCAUUCUUUCACACCUCUUCUUUCCCUUUCGUUUUUGGUCUCUCUCUCUCUUAGUUGUUUGUGUGGUCACAUGUUUGGUUUUAGGUGCCUUGUUUAACCCCACCCUCCUGGCCUGAGAGAGAGGAGGAGGGGAACUGCAGGCGAGAAGUGAGCAACAAGAUAACAUGGCUAGCAGAGGCAAGAAGCAUGGAGGGUGGAAUAUUGUGCUGCUAGGGAACAUUGGAAAGGAAAGGGGAGACACCCAGGAUUUACAUAAAGCCAGCGGCUCUGGUUUUCAGGAUUACUAGCUCUUUCCUUCUCUACAUGCUGGGCAAGAAUCCAGAUGGGAAAACGGGUAAUUCCUCCUUCCUGUAUUUUCCAGCCCAGCUUCUGUGCUGUUUUUCCGUUAUGGCUUUUGCUGCUAUGGUCGGCUGCAUUGGUUGGGCCUCACUUAUGUUGCACCACUGAUGGCUUGCUACUCCGAGCAGAACCAGAGGAGUGAAUGAAUUGGGGCAUGAGCACAGGGAGGCCACACCCUGUAUCCAGCAACCAUGCUCCUCCGAGGACUGCGGCUCUAUGGGAAGUGGUGCCGUUUUUCCAGUCCCAUUACUCAGCUCCUUACCUUAACUGUGGUGACAUUUGGCGUGUUGGCUCCCUUGAUUUGCCACCGGCUCCUCCACUCCUAUUUUUACUUACGCCGCUGGCAUCUGAACCCCAUGAGCCAGGAGUUCCUGAAGCAGAAUGAGGGGGAUGGCCAGACUGCCCUCCGUUACUUUGAGGACCUGCGGACUCCUAACUCCUCGGAGAUCUCAGGUGACAAGGCCCUCAGACCAUGGCUGCUCAUCACCAUCAUCACCGUGCAGAGGCGGAAUGAGUUCCACUAUGUCCUACAGGUGGCUUCCCGUUUCCACCGCCUCCUCCAGCAGUGUGGCCCUCGCUGCCGGAGCCACCAGGUUUUUCUCUGUAACGUGGAGCAGGACCCGGGCAGCCACCAGGAUGCCAGGCUGUUGGGUAACUUCUUUGCAAUGGUCAGCCGCUACAAAAACUGGGAAGACCCCGAUGCCGCAGUGAACCAGUUUGAGAAGGAGAAGCGGGACUAUGCCUUCUGCCUGGAGCAGUCGCUCUUGGCCUACAGUCCAGAGUAUGUCCUUCUGGUGGAAGACGAUGCUGUUCCCGAAGAGGAGAUAUUCCCUGUCCUGCAGCACCUGCUGCUGGCACGGCUCUCAAAGCCACACCUCAAAGAUGCCCUCUACCUGAAGUUGUACCAUCCUGAGCGGCUUCAGCGCUAUAUCAACCCAGAGCCCAUGAGGAUCCUGGAGUGGCUCGGCCUGGGCAUGUUUCUGGGCCCCCUGCUGAGCUUUCUGUACUCCUGGGUGUCUGGCCGCCCAAGCCUUACCUGGCCUAUUGUCCUGUUCUUUGCCUUGUACAGCAUGGCACUAGCAGAGCUGGUGGGUCGCCACUACCUGCUGGAGCUGCGCCGGCUGGCCCCUGUGCUCUACAACGUGGUGCCGGUCACCGAGUGCUGCACGCCCGCCAUGCUGUUCUCCGCCCCUUCCGCCCGCCGUGUCUUGGGUUACCUUCAAGAGCUGCACUGCCGUCGGGGCUUUGCCAAAGACACUGCUCUCUACUCCCUGUUGCGGACCAAGGGUGAAAGGGCCUACGUGGUGGAGCCCAAUCUGGUCAGACACGUGGGGAUGUUUUCCAGUCUCAGGCCAAAUGACAGCCCUAAGCUACUGUGACCCACCAAGAAAUGCCUUUAUGGAAAGACUGGAAGCCAAGGGAGCCUUGUCCUUGGACAGACAUAUCAGGUGUGACUCCAGAUGUCAUGCCACUUGCAACUGUGCUCAGAACUACCAGCGCCACCUAGUGGAGGGAAAGGAACUUUAAAAAAAAAGUUUACUUAAACCUAUAGCUACAUGAUUUAUUUUAUAAUGAAGAAGUGAAAGGAGGGUGGAGGUUUUCAGGGAAGGGGAGGGUUUGCUACUAUCUCCUACUAGACCCCAACACACACACACACACGCCAUUUGCACGUGAAUGUGUCUCCUACAGCAGUAUCCAACAAACCAGUCUCUAGUAUCACAGACCUGAGACCAAUGCCACUCCUGUGGUCACAUAUGUCUUGGUCUCAAGGCACUGGAAAUGCUAGCCAGGGUGAGUGCAUCAGGCACAAGCUGACCUAGGAGGAAAUAUGGAGCUGGAGAAUAGACCUUGUUUCCCCCAACCUUCUCCAUAGCUUACCCCGAUGAUCUGUUCAUCUCCUCAAAUAAAAACAUGAAGAGAUCUUUACAAGAGGCACGAUGCAUAUAAUGAGCCCCUUACCCCACAUUCUGCAUAUAGUUCUGGGAACGUGUUUCAUGCUGCUUCAGCACCUCCAGGUCUUCUCCUUUAUGGGUAACACGCCUCUUCCCCCAAAGCUCUCUUUUCACCUUGGAGCAGAGGAUCUGAAACAAAGUCCAUGUUCUUCCCCAUUGCUUCAGCUGGGGUCCCCUAUGGAGCCAAGAACACUAAAACCAAACAACCUCCCGCUCGCUGUAUGUGGCUUGGAUUCGCUGGCCCAUGCACAUACUCUCACACACCCACACAGCCUCCCAUCAGAACAACCUUUGAGAUUGCACAUACAGCUACCUCUCAUAGGUGAGGAAGAGCAGAUUCCCCAUUUAGGCUCUGAUCCUGUAUCACCGGGAGCUCACUCAUUAGCUUUAUUGAGUGCAAGCCCUUAAAACUGGCCCUAGACAGGUUGCCACCUAUCCUGAUUUUCCAUGGAUUCCACCUGCAGCAUGGAGAAGCUCCAGUUUGCCUUGGGCAGCCCAAUGAAUGAUCCAGCAUGAUCAUGUUAUUUAUGGGAAAGGUGAAGGAACAGUUGCAGCAGCAUGGUGUCACACUGCACUUAUCUUGCCUCAGCCUGCAGUUAGAUAUAGCUGAUAGCUCAGAAGACACAGUUCACUACUCCUACCAUGAAUAGCUGGGCAUGGUCAGAUGAGCAAGUUUCAGUAAUGUGUCAUAUUGAAGGGGCCACUUCUAAAUAGACACGUUAAAUAACUAAUCUUCUGAUCUGAACUGGCGGGGAGUUUGGAUGGUUUCCAAGAGUUGGCUGCUUUCUAGCAGAACUGUUCUGGGUGCAUUGAAAACCGAAACCAUGUGAGAAAUAAGAUCUUGGGGAUUGUUACAAAUUCAACUGCCUUUGAAAGGUUUGUACCCCAUGGCCCUGAUCUACAGCCCAUUGCAGUCAAUGAGAGUCUUUUUAUCGAUUUUAGGGUGCUUUGGUCCAAGCGCUAUAUGAGGAGACCUACACCCAGUUUUGAGUGGCAUUUGGGUGAAACUGUGUGCAAAUCACAAAUUUUCCUGGCUUCAGAAUGAACCAAGUGAAACAGUUUUGGGGGAGGAAAGAGUUCCACUUUCACUUUUCUUUCUUUUGUUUGUCAGAGCCUGGAACUCAUGGUAAAACUAGGAGUAGUAAGGGUAGAUGUGUGUCUGUGUGUGAACCCAUGUGGACUGAAACCAAAGAAAAUAUUUUCACAAGCCCCCUAAGAAGUAAGUUUCACACAAAAAUGACGAGGAGUCCUUGUGGCACCUUAGAGACUAAUAAAUUUAUUUGGGCAUAAGCUUUCGUGGGCUAUAGUUCAUUUUCAGGCUGUGAGGGGUAACUGACUUGUGAAGUGCUCAGCACAAAGGAGAUAGGCAGUCAGUCACAGGGUGUCACUAGAGCACAGAACAAUGCCAGCUCAAGCACCUGAACUUUGCCUCUUGCUAGAUCAGCUGGGAUUCUUUUAGAGGAUCCCUGUUGUUUGCACAAGGGCGUGCCUUGCCUUGCAUGCACAAGGGCAUGGACUGUAAGAGCUGAGAAAACAUUACAUUUUAUUUCGACACAGCAGUCACCAGCAUCCAUCAGGACAGAUGCUGAAACCUGUUCCCAGACUGAGUGCAGCUGGUAUCUGGCUUCCCCGUGUCUCCCUCGCAGAGAGCCACACACACAAAUAUCUUCUCAGUAGUGUUGUUCUUUGUCAGGUUGUAGAAUUUGGGGUCAUUGUGAAUUUAUUCCACUAAGUGCCUGGGCACAUAGAGGGAAAGGUGACUAUCUAUUUAUGCUGCCUUGAGUGUUGAAUGUUUCAGAUGUGGCAUUUGUUUUUUAAUCUUUGUACUGUAUGGAUCCAGAACAACACCCCAUUUUUUGGUGCUUGGUUGUUCAUGUUAGUGCAAAAGAAAAGCCCACAGCAAGGAGUUACAAAUUGUUUGGCUUAAAAAAGAGAGAGAGAAAGAACCAAGUGAUAAUGCUCAGUUAAUAAAUGUUCUGGUGUGGGAAAUGAUUCA